UAACGUCAAAUUAACAAUGGGUUCCGAAACUAUCCUCCAAAAUUUUGUCAACAAUGAAGUGUUCUGUGAUUGUGAUUGAUUGUUCCAUAUUUACACGUUAAAUUAAAUAAACAUCGAAAUUGAUAGUAUUAUUAAGAUAUCAGAAGCUUUGGUCGAAGCAUAUUUAUUUAUUGUUACAAAAAAAUAUUCACUGUAAAUAUCUGGGCGUUGACAGUUAACCAAUAAUUGUAAUUAAUAUUCAGAACGUGAAUUUACGAAUGUUGAUUUUUGUGAAAAACUGCAUCAAAUUUCUAAAUAAAUAAGAUGCUAUAAAUUACAAUACGAUGGGUAAGUUUGUUAUUGAUAACGUAAAUGGUUUCGCUUGGAUAGUUCUGUAACCGUUAUGAUGAUUGCAGAGGAGUCUAAUAACGAAACAUUGGACCUUUCGAGGCGUGGGUUGAAGAAAAUAGAGAAAGCGCCAGCCGAUGAUGGGAAAACUAUAAUAAAUUUAAUUCUGGACCAGAACGAGUUGCAACGGCUGGACAACCUGGACACCUACAGUCGCGUCGAAAAUUUGUCAAUAUGCAACAACUUCCUGCUGCGGAUGCACAGUGUGUCGCGGCUCACCAACAUCCGCAUUCUGGCCCUCAACAACAACGGCAUCCUGCAGAUCGAGGGGCUCAAGGAUCUGAUAUACCUUAAAGUGCUGAAAUUGGCUGGAAACAACAUAAAAUCAAUAGAGCACCUCAACCACAACAUGCACCUGGAACACCUAGAUUUGUCCAACAACCAGAUUUCCUUCAUCGCUGACAUCAGCUAUUUGAAGAGUUUGAAGCAUCUAGCCCUCGAACGCAACCGCAUAAUAGACCUCCGGCAAUGCGACCGCUACCUCCCCACCAGCCUGGAGCACCUCGGGCUCGCGCACAACAACAUACAGGACCUCAACGAGGUCUGCCACCUGGUGCACCUCACCAAGCUGGACAGCUUCUCCGUGCAGGGGAACCCGUGUGUGGCCAUGGCGGGGAAAGAUAAGCUAGGGUUCGACUACCGCCCUUUUGUUUUGAACUGGAUCCUGAAUGUAAAGACCAUCGAUGGAUUCGUCGUUAGCGCUAUUGAAAGCUUAAAAGCGGAGUGGCUAUACAGCCAGGGUAAAGGCCGCCAUUAUCACUCCGGGCAACACCAGGAACUGUGCGAGUACCUGGCCUCCACGUGCCCCCUCACAGCCGAUGCUCUAGACACGGAGGACCAAAGGAAACUGCGCCUUAUACUGAGCAAGGCGCAGCAUCACCAGCAGCAGCUGAAAGACCAAAACCACAGCCCUAUAAAGCCCAAGCUACAAUCCCCGAGAAUGCAAUCUCGCAUGACGCCUCGCCACAUGGGGCGUUCGCCCGACCGCCUAACAUCGAGUUAUCACUCCGCGCUGUCCAAAACGAACUCCCCUCAUUCAAUGUCGACGUCAUACACCGAGAUACCGGCCGCUAUGAGCCAGAGCUUCGACUCGCCUGGCUUGUAUGAGAAAACUAAAGAGGAAAAGGAGAAAGAAUUACCCACCAAACCAGUGAACCAAUCCCUGGAGGCCGCAUCAAAAAUGGUCCCCGUACCGGAAUCCCUAAUGAGCCCAGACUACCAAGACCCCAUAUACGACAUACAGCGAACAAUACCCAAACCGAACCCCAUAAACGUCUCCAACACGUCAAGCCCAUCCAGCAACAGCAGUCUACACGAAGACAGGCCGCACAGACAGAUUACGCAACCUAAAGUUAUUAAUAACAGUUUGAAAAGUUCCCCGAAGUUACCGAAAAGUGCCACGUGUUCGCCUAAAAUGAAGGCGAAGAUGGAGCAAAGGAAAGGGAGCUUGAAAUUCGAGCCUAAGGAGAAGGUUAACGGUGUUUCUAAAGAUGAAAUUGAUCAGGAAAAGAUGGAGAUAAUUAAGCUAGCGUCAAACCAAAGAAGACAGAAGAAGAUGAGUGCAGAGUCCAUGGCAGCGGUGACUAUACAGAAGAUGUGGCGGGGCUACAGAAGUAGGAACCUCAAUAAGGAUACGCUGAGGAUUCUACACGCGAUACAGGCGGCGAGGGCGAGGCAGCAUAUACAAAGGCUAACCUGCGACAUGGAGGCCACGAAAGCGGCGCUGGACAGCGAGCGCAAAAUACAACAACUACAGAUGCAGGCGAUCAACGCGCUGUGGAAGAAAGUGUCCACUCUACAGAACACGGAGGGCAGCAAACCGGACGUUCUGAGGCAACUCACUGAAACUUGCUGCAGUUUGCAGCAACAGGUGGUGGAGCUGCAGGGCUGCAUGCAGCAGGUGCUGCGCUGCGUGCUGCCGCCCGCCGCCGCCCCGGCCGCCACGCAGACUGACAUUAUCGCCGUACAUUCCCCACAGGAGGAGCGGUGUACGUGGCUGAAGCGGCCGCAGUCGCUGGCGCUCGCCGCCGCAGCGCCUCCCGCCGCCGCCCCGCCCGCGCCCGCGCACAAGCCGCACGAAGUUGAAAACCCAAACGUCGAACAUACAGAAUCGCUUAUUCAAGAAUCAGUAGAAGAGACAGAAAAACACGACACCAGCAAAAAAGAACUCAUCGUGGACUGAUGACGAAGGAAAUUCAACUUUAUUACUAGCGCGGUAAGGUUUCACUUGGCUACAACUUUUAAAGUCACUUAUGCUCUUCCUUAAUUAGAGGGAAGCAGAAAUGCUGUGUUUUCAAACUACUUUAACAGGAAGAUGGACCCAUUCAUGCAAACGUGGAUUUUCUGUCCAAAAGUUGUAUUAAAUAUAAUAAAAUGGAUCACUCACGUAUACAUAUAAAGUUGUAGUCAUCAUUUAAGAGGUGACGGGACAGUCAUAUGUUUAAUUAAUUUAUUCAAUGUCGAAAUGUGUCUUUUAAUUAUUUAUUUGCCAAAAAUGUAUGUUUAAGAAUUAUGAUCUGAAUUUAUUAAAAAAGUUACACGAGUGUGAAACAAGAAAUUUAAAAUCGAUUGCGUCGAAUCGGAUUCGCCUUUUCUUUUUUUAACUGAAUAGGAUCGGCUUUUAUACAAAAAUACCAAAAAUGUGUCUCAUUGGUUCAAUAUUCUCACUCUUGCCCAGCAUAUAAGAAAAAUUGGCUGACAAAAUCGAAUCAACGGUAUCAGAAAAUAAAAUUGAUGUUAUUUCUAAAAUCGAACAAAACGAAGCGAAAACAACUCUGUUCCAUUUAAUUAUGAUUCAAAUUGCACUGGUACUAGUAUUAGGACUGUGAGACGCUAGUGGUUAAAUUUGUCAGAGAAUAUAGACUAUGAAAGUGAAAAGGUUAUGGAACAAACGUUUUAAUACUUAAGUUUACAAUUUAAUUGAUUCCUUUGUGUAACGAAAAUUUGUCCCAAAAUAUGAAAUAUUUUCGUUACAUAGUGGAAUAAAUUGAAUUAUGGAGCUUAGUUCAUAACUUAGUUUUUUUAGUCACAAAUACUCUUUUAUUUUUAAACGAUUACACUUGCAAACCGAAAUCUUUAUUCUUUCUCUUUUAAUACAUUGUAAAUGUCACAAAUAUUUGCCUGAGCACAAUUAGGAAUUAAUGUCACUCAAUUUGUAACUUUGCGGCGACGUAAUAAGUGCUAUUUUUAUAAUUUGGUAUAGCUUCGUACUGUAGUCAUUUAUUUGAUUGACGGUAGCUUUAAGCGUGAUGACAUUAGCGUAAGUUGUCUGUUGAAAACAGUAGUUACAUGUAAACCCUGGUUUGGCUUAGCUAGAUGAAUGCUAGUUUUAAUAAACUUCUAGAUUUUGACAUAUAAUUGAGUAUUUUUAGAUGUAAGUGUACCUAAUAUACACAUCUUUUCGUUACGUCUUCAUACUUCGUUUGUUUUUAAUCAGAAUAAUCCUCUUUUUAUAGGCAGCGCACAUGAACUAUCGAUAAAAAUUUUUACAAUUGGCAACAACGAUAAAAUGUUCAUCGCAUUUUCAUUAAUGACAGAAUUAAACUUACUUUUAUGUUUCCUAAAUUGGCUGUAAUAAAUAAAGAAACGUACGAGAAUUUGACCGUUUAUGUUCUGAAUUAAAAAAAAAACGAAGUAUAAAUAAAAGUAGUUGCGUUCACGGUUAAUAAUUCGACAUUAAUGUUUGACAUUAAGACGUGUUCACAAUUUGACUAGUUGAGAUGUUUAACGUUGUUCAAGGGUUUACAAUAUUAUUUAGUGUUCGUUGUUCCGUCGUAAUUGUCGGAUCAAGUGCUGUAACACCAAAUUGUAUAAAUUUCUGUAGAUUUAAGCUUAGGCUUAUUUAAAAAUAAAAUUAGCGUAUAGUAACUUGACAUUUUAUCUCAAAUUUGAAGCGUUUAUUGGUGUGCAUUCAAAAUAUUCAAAUAUAUUAUUACUAUUUUAUUUGGCGGUUGACUCUUAAGGCGCGUCUCGAUGUUGCGCGGCGGCCGCGCGAGGAAUGUUCGACCGCGGCAAACCUGUAUUUUGGCUCGCGAGCCAAUUUCGGCACCAUCUUGAACUUAUGCGCGGCGGCCGCGCGCGGCAGGCGAUCCGACGAUCGACCACAUUAUAUCACAAAAAUUAUUAUUCGUAACGAAGUAUAGCCAAAUAGAAAAAUGAUCUGUUGCGAUGAUCACUACAUUUACUGUUCCAUAGAAACUGUUUAGUGCCGUAUAAUUCAAUUAAAGUACGACACUUUUCAUUAUCCAUGUAUGUGGCCGCGCGAGCCAACUAAAAUAUAUACACACCCGUCCCAACUGCGCGCGAACAUUCCUUUGCCGCGCGUCGAAA